CCUAGGCGGUGGGUGGAGCGGCGAGGGGGGCGGAGGCUGGGCCGCGGCGGGCGAGAGAAGCGCCGCGCCUGUCCGGGGCUCGGUGGCGGCGGCGGCGCCUGAGGAAGCAGAGGCGGCGGCGGGCCGGACGAGCGCCCGGAGGUGGCGGACGAGGCGCCGGGGGCCCCCAUGGGCGGGUGUGUGGGCGCCCAGCACGACUCCUCGGGCAGCCUCAACGAGAACUCGGAGGGCACCGGAGGUAGUCGCCUUAGGUCGUAACCAACCUUUGAAAAAGGAGAAACCCAAAUGGAAAAGCGAUUAUCCCAUGACAGAUGGACAACUGCGCAGCAAGAGGGACGAGUUUUGGGACACCGCACCAGCUUUUGAAGGCCGUAAAGAGAUUUGGGAUGCCUUGAAGGCUGCUGCACAUGCUUUUGAGAGCAAUGAUCAUGAACUGGCACAAGCAAUCAUUGAUGGUGCAAACAUAACAUUACCACAUGGUGCACUCACAGAGUGCUAUGAUGAACUGGGCAACCGAUAUCAGCUUCCAGUCUACUGCCUGGCACCACCAAUCAACAUGAUAGAGGAAAAGAGCGACAUAGAGACUCUGGAUAUUCCUGAGCCACCGCCUAAUUCUGGAUAUGAAUGUCAGCUCCGUUUGCGCCUUUCCACAGGCAAAGACCUCAAACUUGUGGUCCGCAGCACAGACACUGUAUACCACAUGAAGAGGAGGCUACAUGCAGCAGAAGGUGUGGAACCGAGUAGCCAGCGAUGGUUCUUUUCUGGCAGACCUCUUACCGACAAAAUGAAGUUGGAAGAGCUGAAGAUCCCAAAGGACUAUGUUGUGCAAGUUAUAAUGAGCCAGCCUUUGCAAAACCCCACACCAGUUGAGAACUGAUUGGUCCUAUUGGCUGGUCCCAAGAUCCCGCCCGUUCCUUUUUAUUGUUGUCGUUGUCAUUUCCUACUCUAUGGCGUGAAAUUUAUUUUCACUGCUCUGAAUUCCGUAUGAAUGGAUUUAGUUCUGAGGAAUUACCAGUGAAAACUUCCAUCUGUGAUGGAGACCAACAAAAAUUAUUAAUAAAACACAAAGAGCCAGCCUUUGAGACUCAUGUAAUUAGUUUCUAAUUUGAAAGAAGGCAGUUUAAAAAUAGAUAACCAUUUAUUUUAAAACACCCAAUAAUGUAAUGACUAUAUUUAAAUGAUUUGGACUGUAAAUAGAAUGUUAUGUCCAUGAAGAACAGCACCAAGCACCUUGUGAAUACAGAUUAAAAUACAUAUAUAUAUAUAUAUAUAUAUAUAAAUGUGUGUGUAUGUGUGUAUAUAUAUAUAUAUAUAUGUAUUUUUUUCCCCAAAAAAACAUCAAUAACAGUUAUAAAAUGAGCUUUUUAAAAUAGAAACUGAAAAGAGCAGUAUUUGAGGUUCACUUCUAUCUGGUCUGAAUUCUUUGCUCAAUUAAUAUUUAGCCAUAAAGGAGUAGAGACUGGCUAAUUGUGUUUCAGUAUUGCUUUCCCCAUCCCUGUAUCUUGAGCUCCUUAUUUACAUUCACACUAAAUUUUGGUGCCUUCCAGCACAUUGGUGGCAGGUACCCUUCUGGAACACUAGGCAAUAAUUUAGUCAGUGCAGUCAGAUCUCUGAUUUUCAGCUGAUACUCAGUUGAAAAUUCUUUUGUCCCUUUGCUACAUAGAUAUUUUGAAAUGUCUGUAUAACAAAGCUGUUUUUAUAUCCAGGCUUAGAGGGUCACUACUAUAUUAUACCUUCAUCGAUCUACCUACUCUGCUUGGGACUUUUCAGCGCAUGCCCCCAAAUGCACUGGGCCAGGGAAUGCAAGGAAUCAAGGACCGAUGUUCGCACUAUAAGAUAACGCAGUCAAUUUUCUCUUCCUCCCAGUUUGCAGGAAGGUUUUAAGGAAAACAAGUUGUAUCUGUGCCUGGGAGAACUGUGCCUAUUUUCAGUCUUUUAGAGAAAAUACCAACUCCUAAUUUACUGGUACGUGUAUGGACAUCACUUAAACAUCAGCAAUGACACCAAAUGACGAAACAUUGCUUUAUACAUUAACUUUCCAGUUCACUGUUACCUCUACUUGUGGUAGAUGACAGUUUUCCCCUCUCAUCUUUCCUAGCAAAAAGUCAAAUGAAGAGCCAUCUGCAGAUUAGAUGAGAGGACUGCUAAAUCUGGUGAGAGCACCUGAUUUUCUCGCACUAUAUUGGAAAAAAGCUGCCAAGGGUUAUAUUUAAUUUGGGGCCUUUGAAAAGUUAGUUCCAGAAAGAAGAGGGGGACUGUCACAUAAUCACUGUAGCCCCGAGACUGUGAUAUGGCAAAGUAGAGGCAAGAAGGUACGUACACAGCUCUCAGUUGGAAAUAAUCAGACCUCCACACCUAUUUGGAUGUGAAGCACUAUUAAUUUUAAUGGCAAAAUGAAACUGCUAAUUAGUUUAAAUGUAAAGUUUAAAAUGGUAUUAAAUUUACUGUAGCCUGAUUAGAUAUAAUAUCUAUAAUUAUAACCUACCUUGUUUCUGAGAGCUUUAACUACUUCCUUUUCUUUAUGCAAUCAUUUUAAAGAAGAUUGUGGCUAUAUUCAAUUUAGAGUUGUUGAUAAUUGAAUCUGAAUACAAGAGACGACAGCAACGGUAAUUCCAAAGGAGUAUUUUUAUAUUUGAAGGUGGGGCUUUGAGGGUGUUUGAACAUAAUGCCCGUCUUCAAAGAGUUUGUUACUUGUGUGCUACAUGGAAUAGCAACAGUUCUCAAAGUUUGACAACUGGAAAAGUGUUCAAACCUAUUUUCCCUAAGUUGAAUUGGGUGAUAUCAUCAAUAAUCUAUGGUAGCUAAGAAGGUUUUUUUUGUUUGUGUAGAGCUCUCUAAGAAUUUUGUUUUAAAGGUACAUAUACUUUGCAUAACGAUUUUCUGGGCAUGUUUAACUAACCUGGGUGAGAAAACCAUGGUGCUGUUUAAUGUAAAUAGAUUGAUAUAAGAUUGGACCAAUACUUGAUGUGUACAAUUUUAGUAUGUAGGGUUUUUGUGCUUUUUUAAAAAAAAUGUUCAAUUUUUCUCUUUGUCUUGGCCUUUAUUCUGGGUUUUUAAUUGUUACUCUCUAUAUAAGAGUAAACUGCCUCAUUCUAAUAAAACCUCUAAAAAGGUUUUUCUUCUUUUUAAGAACUUACUUCAAUAAAUAACAAGUUCAUUUUCAUCAGACUUAGGCUCCACUGUGCCAAACCACACAUGGUUAUUUAUAGAUAUGAUUUAUCCUCCACAUUGAAAUCUUGGUCUAAAGUAGACUAUUGUUUUUAUCUCUUAAGGCCCAUGCCAUAAAUCAGAACUCAUAACUCAGUUUUCUAGAAACACUGAGCUCAUUUCUUAUCCAUUUUGGAUCAAAGUGGCAGGUUUUGAUAAUUUUUUAUUUAAAAUAGGUAAUACAUAUGUAUGUGGGCAAAUCCAAAAAUACCAAAGUGAAAAGUCUCUCUCCAAUCACCAGAUGUAACAACUGUUACCAGUGUUCUGGGUAUCUUGAAAGAUACUCCAGCCCAGCAGUUCCUCAACUUGAGAAUGCAUCAGAAUUACCUAGAAGGCAUCUGAAAGCACAGAUUGCUAGACUUUUCUCCCAAGGGUUCCACAUUAGUAGGUCUGAGUGGGCCCCAGUAAUUUGGAUUCCUGAGAGGUCCCAGGUGCUGCUGCAGCUGGUCUGCAGAAUCACACAGUGAAAACCAUUGUUCUGAUGUACAUUGAGUGUAUUCACCCAGGCUACCCUGUUUUUUUCAUAAAUACAUACACCAUUCGCCUUGAUUUCUCUUUAAAAUGAUGAAUCUUGGGUCUGCCUUUUCUUAUGGUUGCACCAGUCUUGUGUUGUUUGGACUUCACUUUGGUCAAUUUGGCUACUUGCAAUUUUGCUACUGUAAACCAUGGUGCUGAGAAGUGUCCUUUUCUAUAGCUACAUCAUUAUGUCUAUGUGCAUCUAUAGAAUGCACUCCUGAAGAGAGAAUUGCUAGGUCAAAGAGUUAUGCACAAUUACCCUCCAGAUUUUACCAAUUUGAUACAAUAGCAAUAUAAUUGCUCUUAUUUUCUUAUAUAUCCUAACCAACAUUUUGUUCUUUGACAAUCUAAGUGAAAAUCUGUAUCCUGUGGUCUUCAUGUAUUUUCUUUGUAGUUUAACAUUUUAAUGUAUGUUAUAGGCCUUUUUUUUUUCUGCAAAUUGUUUGUGUUUGCUCAUAUUUCUGGUGUACUUUGGCUUUUCUCCUCUUGAUUUGUGAACUCUCUUUAUUAAGGAAAUUAGUCAUUUUCUAUCAUGUGUUACUAUUUGUUUUUGCCUUUGUAUAAUUUACACCAUGUGCAAAUUUUAAGUUUUGCUUGGUUGGAUUGAUCAGAUUUGUAUUUUAUGGCUUCAGGGUUUUCUUCAGAAGGUUUUACCCAGUCAGAUUAUAAAAAUUUUUUCUCAUUUUUUAAAAUAUUUC